AUGGUUACAAUUGAAAGUUGGUUGAGAAAACCGUUGCUAAAUGUCAAACAUCUACAUUUAAAACUACGCUCCAAUCAUUAUCAUCAAGAUGUAGAAAAUUCAUAUACGCAAUGGUUUCUACAACAAACACUUGUUCCCAUUACAAUCUGUAAAUAUGAGUUGAUCGAAAAUAAAACGAAUGCAAUAACAACCGAUUAUAGUCGACAUAAUUACGUUAUAGCAACUAGUAUGACUGAUUUGCGUUUAACAGCACGACAAUUCGGAAAAAGGGCUGGUAUCUUCUUUUUUAUUGUAAAUGGCGUUAUAGAUUUUAAGGAACUACACAACAUUUUCUACUUAGGUUGGAAACGCUUGUACAUAUUUAAGAGUUUUGUUCUAACAGAUAAAGGAGUUUUAAUGUAUGAUCCGUUUGCUUUGGAUGAAUAUGGAAACUAUGGAAAAGUAAUUCAAUAUACUGGUAAAGAAACAAUUGAACGUACUAUUUUUUAUAACAUGCGAGGUUAUCCGUUACGAGUACAACUUUUUAAAUCGGUAUACUCAAAGCCUAUAGUAAAUCCUAUAACAAAUAAAGUCGAAAGUCUUUAUGGAGUUGAUGGUAAAGUUGCAAAUUUGUUGCAGAAAUAUAUGAAUUUUACCAUGAAUUUACAAAGUCCUGAUCGAAAUUAUUUCGGACAACGUAGCCCAAAUGGUACAUAUAACGGUGUUAUCGGAUCAAUAGUAAACAACGAAUUGGACUUAUGUGUGACAGGAUUUUUUGUUAAGGAUUACAUGGUACCAGAAAUGGAUUUCUCUGUGGCAGUUUAUGAUGAUAAACUUUGUAUUUAUACACCAAAAGCUAAAAAAAUACCUGAAUCCAUUGUGCCAAUAUUUGCAGUUCGAUACGAUCUCUGGAUCGGUUUCAUUUUUAUGGCAUUUGUUUGUUCCUUUUUUUGGGCUUUGCUAAGAGUGUUUAAUUUGCAUUUAAAUACAAUUCAAAUACGGGGAAGCCGCUUACGAAAAAGUUUUCGCUGGCAAUAUGUACGAAUACUUAUUGAUACGUGGGUCGUAUGGGUGAGAGUAAAUAUAACACAAUAUCCACCAUUUCAUUCAGAGCGAGUAUUUAUCGCUUCUCUGUGCUUGAUAAGUGUAAUAUUUGGAGCCAUAUUUGAAUCAAGCUUAGCUACUGUUUACAUACAUCCGAUAUAUUAUAAUGAUAUACAUACUCUUCAGGAAUUGGAUGAUAGUGGACUUAAUGUAGAGUACAAAUAUUCUUCGAUGGGUGACGACUUGUUUUUCAGUGAAACUUCGCCGCUGUUCGCAAGUUUAAACAAAAAAUUACGCUUUAUAAACGAUCUGUAUUCAGACAUUGUUGAGGAUGUUGCACUUAAUGGUGGCAAAGCAGGUGUCACAAGAUAUACAACCCUAAUGAUGCAGUCUUUACACUUUAUUGUAUCAAAACAAUUGUGGAUUGUACCAGAAUGCCCUAAAAAUUAUGCCAUAUCGUAUGUUUGGCCUAAGGAUGCACCUUGGGAUGAAACCAUAAAUCGUUUAUUAUUACGAAUACAAAAUGCUGGUCUAAUCAAUAAAUUUAUUGCAGAAAUGCAAACCGAUGUCGAUAUACAAAUUAUGAAGGAUCGUCUGUAUGAAACACAUCAAGGAUAUAAAAUUUUAACUAUAGAAGAUUUACAACUUGCAUUUUAUGUUGUAUUAACUGGCUCUUUAAUGGCUUUAAUAUCUUUACUAAUAGAAAAAGGACUAGCACUUCGCAAUCACAAAUAAAUACAUUUUACUA